UUCUUUUGUUGAUUUCUUUCUCAACUCGACUUCACAUGUCUUCAUCCUCAUAGAGCUUCUUGACUCUCUGACUCUUAUGCUUUCUUCUACCUUUUAUCAAUCCCCUUUUUCCCAUUUUUGUUCUUCUACCCUAUUCCACCCACAUCCCCUUUUCAAUUUUCUGAUUGAAAAGGAUCCCUUUUUCCUUUACCCAAUUCAGUUUGUAUUUUUUUAUUCAUCAAAAUUUGCAGUGAUCUCAUUAGAUUCUUGAUACUGAAAAAGGGGAAACUUUUUAUGUGACCCACGCACCUAUUUUUAAUGCACGGGAUUCCCAUGAUUUUGAUUGUUUUCUAUUUGGGUUUCAUGAUGAUUUCCUUUUAGGUGCUACUUUCUUUUUCUUUUCUUUUUUCUCUGUGAUCCGUGGAAGAACUUGGUGAUCAGACAUGGGUUCAAGAGUUUCUCCCAAUCCCAAAUGUUGGCAUUUCAGAACCCCUUAUUCUCCCUGUAAUUCGUGGAAGACACCUAAUGCAGUUCCUUCUUCGAAACUGAGGAACAAUGCCAUGCCAUGUCGUUUUGUCUUUGGGUCUGCCUUCUCUAGCUCCAAGAAUUUGAGGGUGCAAAGAGUAAACCGUCCCUUCUCUGCCCAUUUUGAUGACUCUUACCAUGAAGAAAUGAUGAACCUGAUUCAGGAUGAUGAUGGUGAUCAAAAUGCUAACGAAAUUGUUUAUGCUGUCUCUGGUAAUACCCAAAACAGAGAAUUCAAACAUGUCUUAGAAAAAGGUUCCUCAGAGAAGUUUUUAACCAUAAAGCCUGAUCUUUUGGAGCCUUCUCUUCUGGGUAUCCAGCCUGAGCCACCAAGCUGGCCAGAAAGAGAUGAGAUUUUGAGACUUACCUUCGAAAGGAAAGUGAACAUUGUGGAAAUUCCUUUAUCAAUUCGGAUGAUCAAGAAGAAGCUACAAUUGCAGGAGGCUUCUAAAGAGGCUGGUGAAUUCACUGACUGUUCUGUGAAGAAGACCUUCUCCUCUAUGUUGUUUAUCAUCCACGAGCUUCAAAAUUAUGCCUUGCAAACCAUGGAAAGCCUUUGCUUUUGUGAAGACUGGCAAGAUGUCAUGGCCAAGCUGCAGAGAGAAAUGGAUGCUUCAUUUGUGUGGCUCUUCCAGCAUGUUUUUUUGAAGACCCCAACUCACAUGGUCCACUUGAUGGUCCUCCUUGCUAACUUCUGUGUAUUCUCUAUGAGUAAUAACACUGUUAUGGCAGUCAUUCCUUCGUCCAUGAGCACAAAUGCUCUAUCCUCUACCAACAAUAAGAAUGAACAACAACAUUCACAAGUUGAUGCUGAUGUUGAUCAAGAUGAGCAAGUAAAGGAGGAUCUGACAGAAGAGGAGGACAUGUUAUGGGAUUCCAUGCUAGAGGAAGCUUCAAUGUUGCAAAAGGAAUUGAUGACUGAGGCUUUUGACCAUCGGUUUGUGGCUCCAGUGUCUGUGGAGCUUGAAGGGGAUCAAUACGAGGAAUAUGUCAAAACUGAGCAUUAUUACCAAAAACAUUUGCACGGGUCACCUCACAAUUCCCUUCUGCUGUCUAACUAUGCACAGUUCCUCUUCCUUGUAAUGCAUGACAUAGAUGGGGCAGAAGAGUACUACAAGCGUUCGGUGCUGGCGGAGUCACCGGAGGCCGAGGCAUUCAGUCGAUACGGUGACUUCUUGUUGUUGGUAAGAAAGGAUCUUUGGGCAGCGGAACUGAGAUAUAAGCAAGCAUUGGAAGAAGAUCCUGGCAACACUUAUUAUUUAUCAAAGUACGCCAGUUUCCUUUGGAACCAUGGUGGACAAGAUAAUACUAAUAGCUUUCCCUUAGAAGAACUCGACAACAUACAAUUAUGACAUUGUCCAUAUGAUCCAUCAUUAUAGCUGAGUGAUGGUACGUUUUGGUAAGGCAUGACAUGACCAACUUGUACAUCCCACUUGCAUUUUAAGUUUUAUAUAGUUGUUAAUUGCAGUUAGUAAUUCAUGGAAUAAUUGUCUCUGUUUAUAUUUAAAUAUGAAGAUGUGUCAACCAAGAAAUGAUACUAGCUCAAAAUUAAGUUCAUGAAGGAAGCAAGAGUUUCCAAAUCUACUCUUGAGACUAGAGUGUCCCAUCCAAAAUAAUUUGU